AUGGCUGUACAAGCAUCGGUAAAUCGAAGAAACCACUCAUAUGAUAGUGACGAUGACAAUCAUCAAAAUCAAGCACACGAAUAUGAUGAAGAAAUUGAUGAAACUGAAGGUGACCUUAUUGAAAAUUAUCUUUAUCUUACACAACGUUGUGGUGUUUUACGACAUUCUCCAACAACAAGUACAUUAUCUACAAUGCAAAAACAGCAAACUCACCAACAAACUAGUCCAUCUAUGUAUGGACGACAAAUGUCUUUAGCAAUUGAUGAUCAUAAUAUUGAAUUUGAACGUUCAAUUCAUCAACUUCGAGCUCGUGCAUCAUUAAAUGAUUUUACUCGUGUUUAUCAUCCAGAAAAUUCUGAAAAUAGUCGUGUACCACCAAAUAUUUAUUAUAGUAGUCUUGAUGAUGAAGAAGGUGAAGAAAAAUCAUUUUCAUUAGUAAAACUUUUUGCACGUAUGAAACAACGUAUGAAACAUGAUCGACGUUAUAGACCGAGAUCUACACAUGAAUUACUUCAUGAAGAAGAUUCACAAGAAUGGUAUGAAUUAACGAGAAAUACUCGUCAAAUUUUAACAAAAGCAUUAUUACCUGAUGGUGGUUAUGAUGCAUUAGUACGUCAAAAUAAAACAAGUCGUAGUCGUCGAAAUUCUCAAAAGAAAUCUCGUGAUUUAGAUCCUGUUUUAUCGAAAGUAGCAGAAGAUGAUGAAGAUAAAAUUCAUUUUCAUCUUGAUGAUGAAUUAAAUACGGAAGGUGAUAGAGAAUUUGAUGAAAUUAUAUGGAAUAAUUUUUUAAAAUGUUCACGUGGUUCGGAAUAUCGACGAGCUGGAGUUUGCAAAGCUAUCGAUCGACAACAAUUUCAAGGACAAUUAGUUUAUGUUUAUGGUGUUGCUAACAAUAUUUUAAUUGAUGAAAACUUGAAAGCUUCUGGAUUGGGUUAG